GCUGUGGAAGAGUUACUUAAAGAGGCAAAACGUGGGAGAACCAGAGCUGAAACAAUGGGAGCUAUGGGUUGGUUGAAAUGUCCUCUUGCUGGUACAAAUAAAAGAUUUCUUAUUAAUACCAUCAAAAACACAUUACCGUCUCAAAAGGAACAAGACCAAGAACGUGAGCAAAAGGAAGACAAUAAGGAGUCUGAGCCAAGCAAAAGCAGGAAAGAAGAAAAACCAAAGAAACGCAGAAUUCACCCAUAUACACCCAGCUUUCAGUCCAGAAGGAGAGUCAGCCGCUCUCCUCCACGGCACCAAAGCAGGAGCCAGCACGCAAAGGAUAAGCAUGAAAAGCGAUCAAGCAAGCGAUGAGGAGAGUGACGAGUGUGUGUUGUUACAAGCCAGCAAUGUCAUUAAGUGUAGGACAGCAGGGAUGUCUCACUGUUUCAGGAAGAUAUGCUGUUCAAACUUGAGCUUUGAAACAAGUGGCUUGUGUGAGAAGUAACCUUGGGGUAGCUUUAGAAAACUUUUCUUUGGGACCUUUAAGAAAAAAGCAAAGCGCAACAUAAAUCUUUCAGUCGUUUUAGAACAGACAUUCCUUUCCCUUUGCUCCAUUCCUCUCUCCCCUUCUGAUUAAUCUUAGGGUCUUGGUGAUGGAGCGUGAUGUGUGUCACUGUCUGAUACAACUCAUUUAGUCAUGUCACUCUUUUUGAAAUAAAUUUAAAUUAAGCAGAAAUCUAUUUAUUGUGUGAAGUUUGCAGAAUUUCUUUGCUGCUAACCAAUAAAGAAGUUUUGCUUAUCUGG